CCCAAUGUCUUCUUUUCUCUUCUCUCUCUCUUUCACUUUCUCUUCACGCUUUCUAAUAUCUUCUUCCGUCUGUGGUAGCAUCAUUCUAAUACCCAACCCAAGGGAAAAGUAGGAACACCCAGAAAACAAAGAGAGAGAAAGUAGGAACACCCUUUCUUCUCUCUGCACUUCUUACUCUUCCUUCCUUGCUUUGCAGCCUUCACCUUUGUUUUUCUUUAGUUUUGGAGUGAGAAACAAAUAUAGAGAGAGAAAUAGAAAUUACCCAUCAUAUCAUUAUAUCAUAUAUCAUAUAUCAUCAUAUCAUACAUUAUAUAUAAACAGAUAAUAUUGCGUGAGAGAUGCAGCAGCACCUGAUGCAGAUGCAGCCCUUGAUGGCAGCCUAUUACCCCAACAACGUCACCACUGAUCACAUUCAGCAGUACCUGGAUGAGAACAAGUCCUUAAUCCUGAAGAUUGUCGAAAGCCAGAAUUCUGGCAAGCUGAGCGAGUGUGCUGAGAAUCAAGCAAGACUACAGAGAAAUCUCAUGUACUUAGCAGCAAUAGCAGAUUCUCAGCCUCAACCACCCACUAUGCCUGGUCAGUACCCUUCUGGGGGGAUGAUGCAGCAGGGAGCACACUACAUGCAGGCUCAACAAGCACAGCAGAUGACACCACAACAGUUAAUGGCUGCACGAUCCUCCCAUUUGUAUUCGCAGCAGCCAUACUCGGCACUUCAACAGCAGCAAGUGAUGCACAGCCAACUGGGGGGAAGUUCAGGACUUCACAUGCUGCAAAGUGAAGGGAGCCAUGUGAAUGUGGGAUCUGGCAGCUCAACAUUAGGAGGUUCUGGAGGGUUUCCGGACUUUGUCCGCGGCGGCGGCGGCUCUGCCGGAGAGGGUUUGCAUGGAAGAAGCAUGAUCGGUGGUGGAAGUGGCAAGCAGGAUAUUGGUGGCUCCGGUGAUGGCAGAGGGGGAAGCUCCGGUGAAGGGGGUGAAAGCCUUUACCUGAAGUCUGCUGAAGAUGGAAACUAGACACUCUAAAACUGUCAAAAAUUACUGCAAACUUUUGGUUAGUUAAUUAGUUAGGAGAAUUAGGUAAUGACAACAAUGGUAAGUAACUUGUCUGGUUAUUAUAUAAUGUUGGAUUAUGUUGUUGUAGUAGUGCUUGAGGCAAACCCUUGCCUUGAUCUUUCUGCACAAAUUACCACAUUUUCUGCUUAGAUCUGUGGUCACAUAACAUGGUUGGUCCAUGUGAAGUGAAGUUCAAAAGCUGUGUUUUUUCUA